GCCCGGCUCCAUUUAAUGGCGCAGACGCCGGCGGCGGCGGGCUCCUGGCCGGGCCAGCGCAGCGGAAGAGCCGAGCCAGCAUGUCGGGGACCCGAGCCUCCAACGACCGGCCCCCCGGCGCAGGCGGCGUCAAGCGGGGGCGGCUGCAGCAGGAGGCGGCGGCGACCGGCUCCCGCGUGACGGUGGUGCUGGGCGCGCAGUGGGGGGACGAGGGCAAAGGCAAGGUGGUGGACCUGCUGGCCACGGACGCCGACAUCAUCAGCCGCUGCCAGGGGGGCAACAACGCUGGCCACACGGUGGUGGUGGAUGGGAAGGAGUACGACUUCCACCUGCUGCCCAGUGGCAUCAUCAACGCCAAGGCCGUGUCCUUCAUUGGCAACGGGGUGGUCAUUCACUUGCCAGGCUUGUUUGAGGAAGCAGAGAAGAAUGAAAAGAAAGGCCUGAAGGACUGGGAGAAGAGGCUCAUCAUCUCUGACAGAGCCCACCUUGUGUUUGAUUUUCACCAGGCUGUCGAUGGACUUCAGGAAGUGCAGCGCCAGGCACAAGAGGGGAAGAAUAUAGGCACCACCAAGAAGGGAAUCGGACCAACGUACUCUUCCAAAGCUGCCCGGACAGGCCUCCGCAUCUGCGACCUCCUGUCAGAUUUUGAUGAGUUUUCCUCCAGAUUCAAGAACCUGGCCCACCAGCACCAGUCGAUGUUCCCCACCCUGGAAAUAGACAUUGAAGGCCAACUCAAAAGGCUCAAGGGCUUUGCUGAGCGGAUCAGACCCAUGGUCCGAGAUGGUGUUUACUUUAUGUAUGAGGCACUCCACGGCCCCCCCAAGAAGAUCCUGGUGGAGGGUGCCAACGCCGCCCUCCUCGACAUUGACUUCGGGACCUACCCCUUUGUGACUUCAUCCAACUGCACCGUGGGCGGCGUGUGCACGGGUCUGGGCAUCCCCCCGCAGAACAUAGGUGACGUGUAUGGCGUGGUGAAAGCCUAUACCACACGCGUGGGCAUCGGGGCCUUCCCCACCGAACAGAUCAAUGAGAUUGGAGACCUGCUGCAGACCCGCGGCCACGAGUGGGGAGUGACCACAGGCAGGAAGAGGCGCUGCGGCUGGCUGGACCUGAUGAUUCUGAGAUAUGCUCACAUGGUCAAUGGAUUCACUGCGCUGGCCCUGACGAAGCUGGACAUCCUGGACGUGCUGGGUGAGAUUAAAGUCGGCGUUUCAUACAAGCUGAAUGGGAAAAGGAUUCCCUAUUUCCCAGCUAACCAGGAGAUGCUUCAGAAGGUCGAAGUCGAAUAUGAAACGCUGCCUGGCUGGAAAGCAGACACCACAGGCGCCAGGAGGUGGGAGGACCUGCCCCCACAGGCCCAGAACUACAUCCGCUUUGUGGAGAAUCACGUGGGAGUCGCAGUCAAAUGGGUUGGUGUUGGCAAGUCAAGAGAGUCGAUGAUCCAGCUGUUUUAGUCGCAGACUGAGCUGAUCGCAACAGGCCCUGGCAGCGUCUGGACUUGUGUAAACAGUGGCAAUCAUGUUCCUCGGCCGCCACAACCAACACCAAAGCAGGAAAACCAUUUUCUGUACUUUUGUAUUUCUGUUGAACCUGUUGGUUUCUACAAUGAUUUUAAACAUUGGAAAGCCAGCCUUGUGUAUAUUUUUAAAAAUUCUAUUUAAAAUGAGCCAAAGUGCUCAGAGACCUUCUGUGACACAUUAGUGUCACAUGGUUGCGUGUCCAGCCAAAGCAGUGUCAUAAUAAACAUCUCCAAUGGCCACUGAA